AUGCCAUCGUCAUCAGCGAGCCCGUCAGCCGGUGCUCCGCCCAAGUCGCCGGACCGUUCCCCGACUCGGCGCCCACCGCCGUGCACGAAAGAGACGCCGCUACUUGCGGGUGCGGCCGAGGAGGGCCGAGACGAGCACGAGGAAGCUGCGCUGCUCGAGCCACCCUAG